UUGGGACGCUCGUGACACCUCGGGGGGGAGAAUCACGCAGUCCGAUCAGACGUCUCCAUUCAUCGGCGAGUGUCUGCCACAGUGAAACAGUUUUUCAACUAAAAUUCGUAUUUGUUGAUCAAUAAAUAAAUCCAAGGAUGAAUCCGACAUUGGGGAGCCGUCAGACGUUCAGGGAGCACGUCCUGGCUGUAUCCCGGGAUUUUAUCUCCCAGCCAAGGCUCACUUAUAAGACGGUAUCAGGUGUGAACGGACCCCUGGUAAUUCUGGAUGAAGUAAAAUUCCCAAAAUACGCUGAGAUUGUUCAGCUGAAGCUGGCUGAUGGCUCCAUUCGUUCAGGUCAGGUACUGGAAGUAUCUGGCUCCAAAGCUGUUGUCCAGGUGUUCGAGGGCACCUCUGGAAUCGACGCCAAGAACACCCUCUGUGAAUUUACCGGUGAUAUUCUCAGAACUCCAGUGUCUGAGGACAUGCUCGGUCGUGUGUUCAAUGGUUCUGGAAAACCCAUCGACAAGGGACCGCCCAUUCUCGCUGAGGACUUCUUGGACAUUGACGGACAAGCCAUCAAUCCCUGGUCUCGUAUUUACCCAGAGGAGAUGAUCCAGACUGGUAUCUCUGCCAUAGAUGUCAUGAACUCCAUUGCCAGAGGACAGAAAAUUCCAAUUUUCUCAGCUGCUGGGCUUCCGCACAAUGAAAUUGCAGCCCAAAUUUGUCGUCAAGCCGGUCUGGUGAAGGUCCCGGGUAAAUCAGUCCUGGACUCCCACGAGGACAAUUUCGCCAUUGUCUUUGCAGCUAUGGGUGUGAACAUGGAGACAGCUCGUUUCUUCAAGCAGGAUUUCGAGGAGAAUGGCUCGAUGGAGAACGUCUGCCUCUUCCUUAAUCUCGCCAAUGAUCCAACAAUUGAACGUAUCAUUACCCCUCGCCUAGCCCUGACAGCAGCUGAAUUUUUGGCAUACCAGUGCGAGAAACACGUUCUGGUUAUUCUAACGGACAUGUCCUCGUAUGCCGAGGCUCUCCGAGAGGUAUCAGCUGCCCGUGAAGAGGUUCCUGGACGUCGUGGUUUCCCAGGUUACAUGUACACCAAUUUGGCGACUAUCUACGAGCGUGCGGGACGUGUUGAGGGUCGCAAUGGCUCCAUCACUCAAAUUCCGAUUCUCACUAUGCCCAAUGAUGAUAUUACUCACCCCAUUCCUGAUCUCACUGGGUACAUCACCGAGGGACAGAUCUACGUCGAUCGUCAACUGCAUAACAGGCAAAUUUAUCCACCAGUUAAUGUACUGCCUUCACUCUCACGUCUUAUGAAAUCCGCUAUUGGGGAAGGGAUGACCAGGAAAGACCACUCGGACGUAUCUAACCAGUUGUACGCUUGCUACGCCAUCGGCAAGGACGUCCAGGCGAUGAAGGCAGUGGUGGGUGAGGAGGCCCUCACUCCCGACGAUCUCCUCUACCUCGAGUUCCUCUCGAAAUUCGAGAAGAACUUCAUCUCCCAAGGAAGUUACGAGAACCGCGGUGUUUUCGAGUCCCUCGAUAUUGGCUGGCAGUUACUCCGUAUCUUCCCCAAAGAGAUGCUCAAACGUAUUCCUGCCAGCACCCUCGCUGAAUUCUACCCCAGGGAUUCCCGUCACUAAGCGAGCAAAAAUUAUUCAAUUAUUUUAUCGAAAAUUGCUUUUUUUUUUCUCCAAGUGUUACGUUUGAUCAUUACGAUGGCUGCACGACUUGAAUUUAUAUCUCAGCAGCAAAAAUUUGCACACGUCCCAUCGAUUCCAUCGAGUAGUUCCAAUUAAACUGAAUUUGACGAAUGACUCAUUGAUUAAAGUCGUGCUGAUUGCCAUCGAGCGUUGGGUCGUGCAAAGUUUAAUGAUAAAAGUGCAUAAGAAGUUUGUCAUUUCAUGAGCUAGACAAUAUUCAGAGUAACCAUAAAAAUUUGACCGAAAAAAAAUACAAAACACUGCGAACAACUUGAAAUUUCUCCUCCAGUCGUCGGUUCGUCAGGAAUUUUAUUAAAAUCAUGUAAAUUGUAAUAUAUUGUUCAGUAUUAUCAUGAGGAAAGAAUGAUUAGAGUUCAACUCUCGCAGCUGUGUGCGAACAUUCCAAAA